AUGGAAAAUGGGUGUAAAAUUGUUAUUACUAGCAGAUCCAUUGAUGUAUGCAACUACUUGAAAUGUCAGGUAGUUAAAGUGCCACCUCUACCAGAGCAAGAGUCUUUGAACUUGUUUUUAGAUAAGGUUGGGCAAGAUGUUCUACGAAUUCCCAAUUUGGAAAAGAUUUUGAAGCUUAUGGUGGCUGAAUGCGCUGGUUUGCCAUUGGCCAUUGUUGUUAUUGCAGGGAGCAUGAGAGGAGUUGAAGAUAUUUGUGAGUGGAGAAAUGCAUUACGUGAAUUGCGUCAAUGUGUGGUGGACACAGAGAAAGAUUCAGAAGAUGAGAUAUUUAAUCCUUUGAAGUUCAGUUAUGAUCGUCUACCAAAAAAUUCAAGCAUCCAAGACCAAAAGUGUUUCUUAUAUUGCUCAUUGUAUCCGGAAGAUUGGAAUAUUAGAAGAAAAGAUCUAAUUGAAAACUGGAUUUGUGAGGGAAUUGUUGGAAAAUUAGAAAGCAGAAGAGAAAUGCAUGAUAAAGGAAAUGCUAUUUUAAAUAGGCUUUUGAACUGUUGUUUGUUAGAGGAAGCCAAUGAAAAGGCAUGUGUUAAGAUGCAUGAUGUUGUGAGGGACAUGGCAUUGUGCAUCAAGAGGACAGGUCCUGGUAGGUUUAUGGUAAAAGCUGGAAUGAGAUUGACAAAGAUACCGGAUGAGGAUGAAUGGAAUGAAGAUCUAGACAAGGUCUCCCUCAUGAAAAAUCAAAUAUCAUAUAUCCCUCAAAAUAUGUCCCCCAAAUGCUUGAUGCUUUCAACCUUGAUUUUGGAGGGCAAUAAAGGAUUGAGACAAAUUUCAUAGUGUUUUUUUGCUAACAUGCCCCUGCUGAAGUUUCUUGAU